AAAAGAUUAUAAGCUUGUUUAGUGUUUGUGAUGUUUUUAACUAAUGUGUUUGUUUAUGGCGCCAUCAGGGUAUGAGAAACAUAAUUGUAAGAUUAUGUGUAAAACCUGCACGUGUAGGAGAGUUUGGUGACGGUGUGACGCUGCCUCAGACCACGCCAGACCUGCAAGUGACGGAAGAGUAACAAGGUUUUUAAUGAGAGUGUUGUGAGUGACAUUAUUGGAGAGCUGUGAGUGACGGUUAACGAGUCUCACUUGAGGAGUAACUGUGAGGGUGGUGAGACAACUUCUAUACUCCCCUUGAGGAAGAUGGUGCUGGUGUUAUUAAUAUGGACGAGACUUUGGUUGUAAACAAGAAUCUCUUUAGUGACAGAAAAAAUUACGAGAUCAUUUAAAGAAGUGUAAACAAAAAUGAUUGUAACUUGAGUUUAAAAAAAAAUACCUUUAUUGGAGUGUUACUUGAGCAUUAACGAAAAGGGAAACGAAGCGAGAGUCAACACAGAGCUAUGAAGUUGAGGACAGUGGCAGUGGUGUUGGUGAUGAUAGGAGGGGCGUCAGCAUGGGGAGGCGGCGGUGGUGGUGGUGGUUGUUCAUGUGCUUGUCAACGAUGUGGUGGUGAUGGUGGUCACUACAUCCCCCCGCCCUCGCCCUUAUCGCCACCACCGCCCACACCACCCACUAGCCCUCGCGGUCCUCUUCCUGCUGGUGGGGAUCUGGAGAAGCCAUCUGGGUUCCUUGGCCAGCUUGCAGACGACGCCAGCGGACCCAACCUGACUGUGUGGGCGGUGAUGGGCGAGCUCAUUGCCCCCUUCUCCCGAUCCUUCAUCCAGGUGGAUAACGAGUUGAAAUACCUGGUGGAUGGCGUGGCAAUACACAUGAACGAGGGUACGGUGCCCCUGGAGCUGCUGCCUGGGUUGGCUUACCACUGCGCCCAGCACCACGAGGAACACCCGCCCCUACACCCUGAAGAGCUCAACCUACGGCCCUGUCCACACCAGCGUCAGCGUCUUGACCUGCGUGACUGUGACCGUGAACAAGGUGGCCUGCUGGACCCUCGCACUUGUAUCCGGCUCCUCCACCACAGCCCCAGCGUGCCGCCUCCGGGCUCCUGCACCCUCGACGUGUGCUACUCUAAGUCCUCCACCCAGGAGCAGAGUUGUGUGGACGUGUUUAUGGACACCUUGCCCCAGGAGGCGUGUGUGCCCCAGUACAUGGUGAGAGACCUCCUGCACGCCGGGAAGCCCUCUACCCUCCCCCGCCUGGACACACAGGUGCACAUCAUGCACGUGCACGAGACCAAGAAAGAGACGGACCUGCCGAUGCUUGUGCUACACCUGCAUCAGUAUGCGCAAGAUAUGGACGUGGAGAGGCUGCCCCCCAGGCCAUGCCCCUCCCCGCCCGACAACUGGACGCCCAGCUUCAAGUCUAACAUACCUUGGCCCUCGAUGAUGGCGUCGAGGACACCGCCGCCCCGACCACCUCAGCCUGAACACCACUGCUGGAACAUGAGUGGUGAGGGACCCGAGCCUGGCCUCACCUGCCACUUCAGACCACUCUGGUUACCCACCAAGAUUAUAAAAACUGGAGAAACAGAAAUAAGAUAUGGGGACAUUGUUGACGAUAAGGGGGUCCCUUCAAAAAAUUAUAUUGUUUUCGAUCCUCCACAUUUAGAUUUUAAAGAACAUCCAACAGGGAUGCCCCUUAUGCGGAAAGUAGUGGUGCAGAACAGCAGCCCAGAAAACAGUGUGCAGCUCCACUCAUUAUCGGGCAACACACUCCACUUCCACUGUACCUUUUUCCAAGAUAAGGUAGUGUUACCGGGCGGGAACACCUCCUUCGAUGUGGUGUUUUUGGGCAGGGAGGAAGGCCUCAUAGAAAACACUAUCUUUAUACACACCUCCAUAGGCACAUACAAAUAUGGGGUACGAGCAGUGGGAACAGGGAACCCCUACAGACUGAGGCCGCUGGUAGGGGUUCGCAUGCCUCUAAACUCCUCAUACUCCCCCUUAAUCCAGCUGCACAAUCCACAUCCACAUUCCCUACAGAUCACAGAGAUGUACAGCACUGGGGGGGACCUCCACCUUGAGCUGCUGUCCGGUACACAAGAAGGUCAGAAGAACGUGUGGAACAUCCCGCCCUACCACACCCGGGCGCUGAUGAGAGCCAAUUUUGUUGCCCGUAGAGAGAACAACCACACUGCUUAUGUCAGAAUCGUGACCAGCGAGACGGACAGUGACUACCUUGUGGUACCGGUAGAGGUGGAGGUCUCCGGUCAGCCUGGCCUCUUCUGUCCACACGACGGCCUCCAUUUUGGUCUCCGCACCCCACACGAUCCUCCUUCGUCGCUUCCCUUACACCUCCUCAAUUCUGCCCACAAGCACAUACACAUUCAAAAUGUGAUAACGACUCCGGUGAAUGAUGCAAUAACGAUUGACUUUAAGCCAAUGAAGAUACCGCCUGGAACAGUGCGACCAACACAAGUAGCGACUGUAACCUUCGAUCCUUCAAAAGUGACAAGUGGCAAGAAAAUCUCGGGGAAGAUCCUGAUUAAAAGUAAAGUAUCGGCUUAUAAGCUGAGUGUUCCCUAUACAGUCGACCUCCUCCAGGGGGCUCUGCUCUAUAACACCUCCAUCACAAAAUUUUACACCGGUGCAGAUAUUGGAUCUUCUGAAGCACAAUCGGGAGUAUCUUUCGGGACGGUGGCAGGUGUUGUGGCCGCAGCGGGAGGUGGAGUGGGCGGGGGAGGUGGCACAAGCAACCCCAGCAGUGAACCUCGCAACCUCACCCUCACCAAUACGUUUCCCUGCCCGGUUGUCAUAUAUAACCUGACCCUUCCUGACGAGGCCAAGAAGCAUUUUGAGAUUGGCUGGGACGGUCCAGUGGUUGUACAGGAGGGACAAAGUGCACAUGUGGCGACCCUGCAGCUGCUCAGUGUCGGCACAGACGCCCGCCUCUCCACUGCCAUCACUGUACACACCAACAUUACCACUAUCAAAAUUCCAUUACGGGCAUAUAAUGGCAAGCUCACGAAGUACAUUCCUCCGGUUGGUGGCGACUCUUGGUUAGACUUUGGCACGCUAGGCAUGGGAGACCAUCGUGAUAUAUAUUUUUAUGUUAUUAAUGAGAAUCCUGUGGAACUUCGGCUACGGGGCUGGGGGUCAAACUUAACAAGGAGUGCAGUGGAGCUCAUGGGUGUGGAAGAAGGAAAUGUGACAACAAUAAAAAACCGUAACAACAUGACCUACGCUUCUAAAAGUUUAUUUUUGAAGCCCAACCACUAUGCAGCGUUCAGAAUUGGUGUUCUGACCCCUGACACCGAGGGUAUAUUUAUUGCCGAGUCAUUCGUCCAGACACAGUUUGAGCAAAUCAAGAUUCCCUUUCGAUUACGCACAGCUGACGGCUCACUCAGUGUGGUACCAAACACGCUAAUAUUCAUUAAUGCUUUUCCAGGAAAAAUUUCUCAUCAAAAUUUACACAUACUAUCUACAUUUGGUCAUCCAAUGACUGUAAAAGAAGUGAAGCCUCUACCAUCAGACACGAGGUUUUCAUACGAGCCAAGUCAGAGUUCUCCGUCAACUUUACAACCUGGACACAAGAGUCAUAUUGGGAGGUUGGUGUUUGACCCCAAGGUUGAAUGUGGCACUGAGUGUUACACUGGCUUCCCACUCUCAGGCAAAGCCGGUCAGCAAUGGGUGAAUACACUGUCUUUAACGUCACACGUGGCAGACACCGACACCAAUUUAUACUCAACAUUACGAAGUCGUUAUCUCAAUCUAUCUGCUGCAAUCUUCAAUACCUCAAUAGUUCUUCACACAUCGGAGGUUCAUGGCUUCCACUUCACUGCUCAGGCUGCACUCAAUUGGCCUGUUUUGUGUUACCCUCAACACCUGACUUUCCCCUUAACACAAGUGCUCAACACAAGUAUCCAUGAUGUGUUUGUGGAGAACCCAGCGAGUGUUCCUGUAGUGGCCCAGAUACUGCUGCUGCAUCACUACCCCGCCACACAGCAGCUCCUCUCUAUCAUACACCAUCAGUUACCAAAUGGACACACGCUCUUGAACGAGGAAGGUAGUGGAGGAGGGAAUUCAAACGACGUCUUCACCCUGGUAGAUGCUGAUAGUGUGGGAGGUGGAGGGACUAGAGGGGGCACAAUGCCACCACCAGCCCCAGAGAUAACAAGUGGUCUGGCUCAACAUCGUAGGACUCUGGAGGAACAGUUCAAGACUCGGGUUGCAAAAGACAGUAUUGCCAUAAUCCUCGAACCUGGAGUGAAGGUUAAAGUAAGACUCUCCUUCACACCACCUGAUGAAAAGUUACAUUCAACUGUGCUAUUGGUACGAAACAACCUGACAGUUAUAGAUGCCAUGCUGGUACAAGGUCGAGGAGGAAGAGGAUUUCUAAAAUUUGGCAAUCGCAAGCCAGGGUCACCCAUGCCUCUUGCCUUCAACAUUGGGGCCAAACACUUAAAAGACUGUGAUAAUGCCAGAAGCUCAAAAUACUAUCAACCCAACUUUACAGUGAAGCGUUCAUUUAUGGCGCGCAACACUGGGGAACUGCCCGUCCAGGUGUGGGGCUUCAACAUAAAUGACUUACCUUGUGAGGGGUACGGGUUUAAGGUUCUCAACUGUGAAGGAUUUCAGCUGGCCCCAAAUGGUAGUCACAAGGUUGAUAUUGCGUUCACUCCAGACUUCACGCUCUCCAAGAUACAACAACGGCUAAUCAUUCACACCAGUUUAGGAUUGAUAGGAGGACUGGACGAAGGGAUGGUUUUGGUUACUAAAGACGAGCCAGGGAGAGUUGAAUACUCUCUGGUCGCUACAGUACCGACCCAGCUGUUGGCAGAAUGUGGAGCAGCUGUACCGAGACCAACAUGGGAGCCACUUCUUUAUUAUGCUGUUCUGCCCCUAAUGGUUGCCAUGUUGGUUGGAGCAGUAAUUCUCUCUGCCCUAGAAGCUGACCAUAUUCUCAAGACGACAAUAAUAGCCAUGACCACCUCGUUACCAGCUAAUGGACACACGCCGGGCUUUGACAAAAGUAAAGUAUUCGACCUGAGGACCAUAACCCACAUAGACUCCAAAAAUAUGUCUGUCAAAAAUGGCUAUGCCAAUGGCCACGCUCACAUAGAAAACAUAAAGAACAAUAGUCCACUGAACACAAAUACUAAUAACAAGAAAUCGUCAUCAAUGUCGCCCCUUGGUGAGGUAAUGACCAAUGGGAGGAAGCCGUGCUCAGGAGCCAAUAGUAAAAAAAUAGGCAACAAUCAGAUCACAAAUUCUAGUACAAAGCCAAAGUAUCUAAAACAGUCAGAUAAUAAGUCAUGUCAGUCUGUUGCAGAUACUUUCUCUGGUAUCUCUGAUAAUCCUGCCACACAAAAUCAAAGUAAAAAUAGCAAAGGAAAAGGAAAUAAUGCUAAAGGAAACAAUAGAAGUUUAGAAUCCAUGUCUUGGGCCAGAUUUUUUCAGAGAGCCGUUGGUAAGAAGGAAGACAGCAACACAGAAACAAGUGAUUCUUCAAAUGGUAAGAAGUUUCUGAAUAGUAAUAACAGAGAUGAUUCUUCUGUGCUGAAGCAAAGUGUAGGUACAGAAACUGACCUGCACAUUGUCGAAACAUAUCCUAAAUUAAGAAGACGCAUGAAACAAAGCAAUGAAGAAGAAACUUCAUCAACUACUACUGAGAGUUCAAAUACUGACGACUUAUCAAUUAGUGAACGGGAUACACCAAUAAGUAAAUCAUCGGACAUGACCUCAUCUAGUCAGAGUGGGAAAACUUCCAAGAAAAGGAGCGGUAAAAGCAAAAAUUCCAUCAGUAAAAGCCCCAAUAGUCAAGGGUCUCGCUCAUCGUCGAACCAAAAUGAAGAUAAUUCUGGUUUUGAAAUCAGUACAAAGGUGAAAGGGCUGAAAAGAUGUAAGGAUCCCAGCGGGCGGAAUUUCGGAGGCGAUAUCUUUCAACCCAACACGCUGGAGCUGCCGUACACCCUCAAACCCUUACGAAAUAGAGAAUCUGACCGAGAGAAGGACAGUCAAAAAACUCCCAGAGCAAAUAUUAUUAAAAGUACUGACUCAAUUGAGAGUGUGGGCAGCGGCCGGUCUUCACCAACUCCAAACUGGGAAGAAGCACGGCAAACGUCAACAGAUAGCCUGUCAGACCUGCCAACGCCCACCUUCACAGCAACACAUCCAAAACCUCAAUCUCAACCCCAGCCAUUGGCUCCAAGAGAGUCCUCAUACUCAGCUAUACUGUUAGGAACAGAUAAACAGAAAGCUAAAGUGACACCAUUUGCCAAAGUUCCACCAGAGGUAAAGAUGGUUGACAAACCUCUGGGUGUGAUAGGCCAGAAGGUGAAUAAUACCAACAACAAUAACAUGGGCACUCAGCGUGGGGCGCCCAGUCCUGCAACAAGUGUGGCUGUUUCCUCUAUGUCCUCCUCUCCACUCUUCACCAUAUCUGACAAUAAUUUUUCUCACCGCCCGAAGGAAGAUCCUUAUUCACGUAGUUUAUACAGCAACUAUGUGGAGUGUGGGUCACUGACUGCUAGUCAAACAGGCAACAGCAUCCACUCCUGGGACCCCAAGACACUGACUGCUCCAACCUUGAGACCACCACCUGGGUUAACUCAGUCACAUGAUACACCACACAGACACAGCUCUCUUUCAGAGGAUGAAUGGCCUCGUUACUGCCAUUCACAAGUUGGAGGUUCGCUGUGGCCUGACGGAAGUGGUUAUCAUCACGACGGAAUAAGUCUCAACUCUGGCAAUGCUCCUGCACCAAGUUUAUGGGACUCCCUAUCAAACAUCUGGUCGCCACCCUUCUGGUCGUCAAAUCAAGGGUCUUCUCCCCAGUCAACACCUCCAUCACCUUGGGGCACAACCCUCUCCCAGGCACCAGUUAAUGAUGCUAGUGGUGCUGUAUCAAAGGGACUCGGCUUUGAUCCCUUUUGUUCCGUCGGUAACAUUUGGUCUGCACCGACGGGCCACGCGACUGGUGACUUAUGGGCGCCGCCAACUUCCAAAAAGGACGUUUAAGCUGAUGUACAUUGUGCAUUACUUGUACAUCCUUCCCGAUCAUGAUGCACACUACAUCUAAAAGAACAAACACGAAAAGGAAAUUUUCAUCUUUUGAUUUUUUUACGCUUCAAUAAGAAAGAUAAUAAUAAUGAGCAGGCCUCUGUGCAUUAUCUUUAAUGGUAUGGUGUGUUUCCAGUAUUUUUUUUUUUUUAAUAAAAUUGUCUUUUAAUUUUUAUAGUCUAAUGGAAUGCAAUUCCAUUUUAGUCUAGGAAGGCCUUUUACUUAAUGGUACAUAUUUGUUCUUUGAUAUAAAGUUUUAUUUGGAAGGGCAACUGUUAUCUGUGGUCCAUGACAGGUAAAUUACACAUUUAAUAAUUAUGUUUAUCUCAUUAAAUGAGAAAAUAUAAGUAAGAUACAGACACACAAAUAUGCGCUAAAGUGCAUAGUAUUUUACCAAAGGAAUUUAUAUUGAUUUGUCCUUUUUAAUUAAAUAUUGUAACUGAAAAUCAGUUGUGUAAUUUUGUUUUUGUAAAGGAACUACUCACCUGUUUUAUUUAAUUACAAAAUGAUGGAAGUUUUAUCUUUUGUAAUGAUUGACAAUUUUAGUUUCAACUGUUCUCAUAUGGAGUGAAGAAUUUUUUUUAACAUUUAUUGCAAUCUUCGUGCCAUAUUGAAAGAUUAUGUUUGCUAUAUGCAAUCACUGCUGGUUGUGUGCAGAGCAGAUUAGGGUUUACUCAGCCAUGCCAUUGCUAUUAUGAAUCAAUGAAUUGAUUGACUUUGAUUGAAAUUAUUUCAAUCUCUUUUUGAAAAUUAUUCACAUGUUUAUGAUAUUAUCUGCCUCAAAAAAACAAAACAAUGUUUUGGAAAAUAUGGUGGAGGCAAUUUUCAGGUCUGUGUUGUUGUUCAGCCCAUCCUGGUAGUCAGUAUUUCAGAGGUGGCGGAGGUACAGUCAACAGAGGAAGGGACCGACCACACCUCGCUUGACUAGGCAUUUGGUUCAGUCCAUCUUGAUUAUAGAACCUAGUUCUUUAUAUAUAUAUAUAUAUAUAUAUAUAUAUAUAUAUAUAUAUAUAUAUAUAUAUAUAUAUAUAUAUAUAUAUAUAUAUAUAUAUAUAUAUAUAUAUAUAUAUAUAUAUAUAUAUAUAUAUAUAUAUAUAUAUAUAUAUAUAUAUAUAUAAAGUUUUUAUAUUCAUGUACAAGACACAAGGCCUGUGAAAGGAAGCAAUUGGUCACCUUACCUUGACUGUACCUAGAGCCUAGUAAUCCAACCAGUAUUGUGUGUUCUCCCACUCUCAGUAUUUGAUUAUACUCACAGAUAUGGAAACCCCAUAAUAAUUCUAGUUUCCUACUAUCAAGAACUCGAGACUGAGCAGAUUGUCAGACAUACCAAGAGUGUUUUUGAUGGACAAAUAAAAUGAUGAAUUGAG